AUGGACUCCUUGACAGAGCAGCUCGGUGGCGAGACACCCGAAUCUGUUAUUGAGUCUCACAACCUUCCCGAGCUCGAAUACGAACGGGACCGUGCCGAAACGGCCGUGAAAGAGGCCGAGUCCAACAUUGCAGCGAGGCAAGAGGCGCUAGGGGACACCAACAACAUGCAGGGCCCUCACAACAAAGGCCGUCUUUUGCAAGCGAGCUAA